CUGAAGAACCUGAAGAAGCUGUUCAGGAAGAUCCAGAGGAUCCAAAACCAGCGAUCGAAGAAGCUUGUGGUAAUACUACAGCUUGUGCACCCCUAAAACAUCACCUUGAAGAAUGUAAUAGUCGUGUUGAGGCUGGUGGAACUGAAGAAAAUU